CACUUCUUUACUCCAAAGAUUCGCGCACCGGAUGGAGGACCCGUUUGAGAGCCUUUUUAGCCAAUCACAGAGAUUCCCGUGCAGAUUACCUAUCUCUCUCUUUUCCUUUUCUUUAAGGUUGGUAUCAUAUCAGUCCUUUCGAAAUCAGCGUCUUCAGGCAGCCCACAAUGAAAAGGAUUAUGAGUGCUUUCUGGAUGCUCUUUCCAAGCUACCUUUCUCCGGCCGCUGCAACCGCAUGUUACGCAGCAGAUGGAUCGCCCGUAGAUAACUCCAUAUACCAGCCGUGCGUUCCCAUCACAGGCAUUCACUCAAUGUGCUGCAGGCUGAACAGCGCGGAUAAUGAGACGUGCGAUCCAACGGGGCUUUGCCUCACGAGUGGAGGAGGGUAUCAUCGGGGACUGUGCACCGAUCAAUCAUGGAACUCGACGAACUGUUUGCCCAAAGAUAUUUGCGACAACCAGCACGGCGGGUACUCAGACUGGACCUACCAACUAACCUCCUGUGGGGACGGAUGCUGGUGUUGUGGUAGCUCAACCUCCUGCUGCAGCACACCAGAGACAUUCACUCUGGAUCCGACAGUGAUCAAGCUUGAUUCUGCUUCCAAAGCAGCCGCUACCGCUGCUCCUGCGAUAACGGUAACUAUCAUCCCGACGGAGAGUAGCAGCAGCAACGAUGGUGAGGUCGACAGGUCGGCAAAGGUCGCAAUUGGACUCGGUGUGGGUGUCCCGUUGGCAUGCAUAGCUGUGGGGAUGUUGGGCGGUGGGUAUCUCUUAGGCAGAAGGAGUAUGAGGAGGGUACUGUCGCAGGUGAACCUUCAACCUCGUGUGAAAAGUGUCCUGCUGGAAAAGCCAAAGGGAGAGAUAGGGCGUCCGCUACAGGUUGGCGAUGCUCCAAGUACGUCAUAAUAUGUCGAAAUUGCGCGGAGUGGGUGAAUGAUGGACUAGAGAAAGCGAUAAAGGGACCGUCCAGAGGCUUACGGUGGUUCCCUUAUUUACUGCAC